AUGAAGAAGUUUUUCGACUCCCGGCGUGAGCAGGGCAGCUCUGGCCUGGGCUCAGGCUCCAGCGGAGGAGGGGGCAGCACUUCGGGCCUGGGCAGUGGCUACAUCGGAAGGGUCUUUGGCAUUGGGCGACAGCAAGUCACUGUGGACGAGGUGUUGGCGGAAGGUGGAUUUGCUAUUGUGUUUCUGGUGAGGACAAGCAAUGGAAUGAAGUGUGCCUUGAAACGUAUGUUCGUCAACAAUGAGCAUGAUCUCCAGGUGUGCAAGAGAGAAAUCCAGAUAAUGAGGGACCUGUCAGGGCACAAGAACAUUGUGGGUUACAUCGACUCUAGUAUCAACAACGUGAGUAGUGGCGACGUGUGGGAAGUUCUCAUUCUGAUGGACUUCUGUAGAGGAGGCCAGGUGGUAAACCUGAUGAAUCAGCGCCUGCAAACAGGUUUCACAGAGAAUGAAGUACUCCAGAUAUUUUGUGAUACCUGUGAAGCUGUUGCCCGCCUACAUCAGUGCAAAACUCCUAUUAUCCACCGUGACUUGAAGGUUGAAAAUAUCCUCUUGCAUGACCGAGGCCACUACGUCCUGUGUGACUUUGGAAGUGCCACCAACAAAUUCCAGAAUCCACAGACUGAGGGAGUCAAUGCAGUAGAAGAUGAGAUUAAGAAAUACACCACGCUGUCCUACCGAGCACCAGAAAUGGUUAACCUGUACAGUGGUAAAAUCAUCACUACAAAGGCAGACAUUUGGGCCCUUGGAUGUUUGCUGUAUAAAUUAUGCUACUUCACUUUACCGUUUGGGGAGAGUCAGGUGGCAAUUUGUGAUGGAAACUUCACAAUUCCUGAUAAUUCUCGAUAUUCUCAAGACAUGCACUGCCUAAUUAGGUAUAUGUUGGAACCAGACCCUGAUAAAAGGCCGGAUAUUUACCAGGUCUCCUACUUCUCAUUUAAACUACUCAAGAAAGAAUGCCCAAUUCCAAAUGUACAGAACUCUCCUAUUCCUGCAAAGCUUCCUGAGCCAGUGAAAGCUAGUGAGGCAGCUGCAAAAAAGACCCAGCCAAAGGCCAGAUUGACAGAUCCCAUUCCCACCACAGAAACUUCAAUUGCACCCCGCCAGAGGCCUAAAGCUGGGCAGACUCAGCCCAACCCAGGAAUCCUUCCUAUUCAGCCAGCUCUGACACCUCGUAAGAGGGCCACAGUUCAGCCCCCAUCUCAGGCCGUGGGACCCAGCAGUCAGCCUGGCCUUUUAGCCAGUGUUCCCCAACCAAAAACCCAGCCCCAACCCAGCCAAUCUCUACCACAAUCUCAGCCCAAGCAGCCACAAGCUCCGCCCACCCCUCAGCAGCCGCCUUCGACUCAGGCUCAGGGUCUGCCCACUCAGGCCCAGGCCACACCCCAGCACCAGCAGCAACUCUUCCUCAAGCAGCAGCAACAGCAGCAGCAACCACCACAACAACCAGCAGGCACAUUUUACCAGCAGCAGCAGCCGCAGCAGGCCCCAGCUCAGCAGUUUCAGGCAGUCCAUCCAGCAACCCAGCAACCAGCGAUUACUCAGUUCCCUGUGGUGGCCCAAGGAGGUUCUCAACAGCAGAUGAUACAGAACUUCUACCAGCAGCAGCAGCAACAGCAGCAACAGCAACAGCAGCAGCAGCAGCUGGCCACAGCUCUGCAUCCACAACAGCUGAUGACUCAGCAGGCUGCCCUGCAGCAAAAGACUGCUGUGACAGCAGUACAGCAACCCCCAGCACAAUCAUCAGCCCCACAGCCAGCCCCUGCUCAGGAGCCAGUGAUUCAAGCCCCAAUAAGACAACAGCCAAAGGUUCAGACAACCCCGCCUCCUGCCAUCCAGGGGCAGAAACUCGGAUCUCUCACUCCUCCAUCAUCCCCCAAGACCCAACGUGCUGGGCACAGGCGGAUUCUCAGUGAUGUAACCCACAGUGCAGUCUUUGGGGUCCCUGCCAGCAAAUCAACUCAGCUGCUCCAAGCAGCUGCAGCUGAGGCCAGUCUCAAUAAGUCCAAGUCUGCAACCACCACUCCAUCGGGCUCCCCUAGGACCUCCCAGCAGAAUGUUUAUAAUCCUUCAGAAGGUUCUACAUGGAAUCCCUUCGAUGAUGACAAUUUCUCCAAACUCACAGCUGAAGAACUGCUAAACAAGGACUUUGCCAAACUGGGGGAAGGCAAACAUCCUGAGAAGCUUGGGGGCUCAGCUGAGAAUUUGAUCCCAGGUUUUCAGCCAACUCAAGGCGAUGCUUUUGCAACUUCUUCAUUUCCUGCUGGAACUGCUGAAAAAAGGAAGGGUGGGCAGACUGUGGAUCCUAGCCUGCCACUUUUAAGUGUGUCUGAUCCUUUCAUUCCUCUUCAAGUACCUGAUGCACCAGAAAAGCUUAUUGAGGGACUCAAAUCUCCUGACACUUCUCUUCUGCUGCCUGACCUUUUGCCUAUGACCGAUCCUUUUGGUAGUACUUCUGAUGCUGUAAUUGAAAAAGCUGAUGCUGCUGUUGAGAGUCUCAUACCAGGACUGGAGCCUCCGGUGCCCCAGCGCCUCCCAUCUCAGACGGAAUCCGUUACCUCGAACCGCACAGAUUCUCUCACCGGGGAAGAUUCCCUACUUGAUUCCUCUCUGCUUUCUAACCCUACUACUGAUCUCCUGGAAGAGUUUGCCCCUAUAGUGAUCUCUGCUCCAGCCCAUAAAGCUGCAGAAGAUAGUAAUCUCAUCUCAGGUUUUGAUGUCCCUGAGGGCUCCGACAAGGUGGCGGAAGAUGAGUUUGACCCCAUUCCUGUAUUGAUAACCAAAAAUCCACAAGGUGGGCACUCUAGAAACAGCAGUGGGAGCUCUGAGUCCAGUCUUCCCAACCUAGCCAGGUCUUUACUGCUGGUGGAUCAGCUCAUAGACCUGUAG